AUUUCCUCCCCUCGACCUCGACCUCGACCCCUCUCCCUAUUCUCACGAGCUGCAAACGCAAGCACAAACCAUGUGGAGGCCGGGCCAAUGGUCCACGCCAACUGGCAACACCCCCACGAACUCCCCCCCUCCUGGCAACCUUCCGCAUCACCACCAACAAAACCCCCUCUUUAGCAACAGACCAUACAGUCCCAGUCCUCUACCUGGGGGUAUCGGGGCCAGUGGCCGAAGACCGCAGCUCACGCCUCGAGCAUCGUUACCGAGUCUUGCCUCCGGCCCCGGCUCUUCCACAACGGGUUUACCCGCCUCGUCGCGCGGUCAACAUGGCGUUGGUAGUGGUGGGGUGGGUCGGAGGGUUGUCUCUGGGGGGCCCCCGCCAACCGGGGUACGGCAUCCCCUGGAUGUUCUAGAGGAGAUUCUAGGUGUGCAGGUUAAACCUUUGGUUGAAGAGGAGGGAUGUGUGGAUGGGAAUGGGGCUGCAUGGGAGCCGGGGGUAGAGGAUGCGGAAGGGAUUGAAUUUGGAGAAGGGGGUUUGGAGGAGUUUCUGAAGUGUGAGGAGGGAAGAGAGGUUCAGGCAAGAGAGAUUAAGAGCAGGGCUAGGGCUUAUAGUGCUCAUUCUGUCGAUGAAUAUGAGAGAGAGAAGGGUAAGUUUCAGGAUUUGCAUCGGUCGAUCAAAGCUUGCGAUGAGGUGCUCAAGUCUGUGGAGUCGUAUUUGUAUUCUUUUCAGACGGAUUUGGGGGUUGUUAGUGCGGAGAUUGAAACGUUGCAGAAUCGGUCGACCAUGUUGAAUAAGAGGCUUGAGAACCGGAGGGGUGUUGAGAAGCUUCUUGGGCCUGUGGUUGAAGAUGUUGCGUUGUCGCCGAAUGUUGUCAAGAGGAUUAUUGAUGGGGAUGUCAAUGACAGUUGGGUUAGGAGUUUACAGGAGGUGGAUGUCAAAAUGAAGGCUAUUGCUGCGCUGGAUGCUACGAAAGUCAAAGCUACUAAGGACGUUAAGCCUGAGCUGGAGCGUCUUGAGCACAAGGCAAUAGAGAGGGUUAGGGAUUUCUUUGUCGCGAGGAUUAAGGCUAUUAGAGUUCCUGGUGCCAAUGCUCAGGCUAUACAGCAGUCCGGAUUUCUGAGGUACAAAGCGUUAUUCCAGUUUAUGGCCAAUCACCAUGUUCAAUUGGCCGAUGAGAUUGGUCAGGCUUAUAUCAAUACGAUGAGAUGGUAUUACCUGAGCCAUUUCACACGGUAUCAUAAGUCCCUCGAGAAAUUAAAGCUUCAUGUGAUGGACAAGCACGAUGUUGUAGGCCAAGUGGAACCCACAAGGAGGAACAACAUCAUUCCAUCUCUUAAAUCCUCUGCGCCCCUUUCCUACGACACAUUCAAUAUCGGCCGACGGAUAGACACUCUAAAAAACCGUACAGCACCAAUACUAACCGCAAAUCAGGCCGAAGAAGACCGCACAUCCCACUACCCUGAAAUCCCGUUCCGCCAUUUCAAUGUCGCCCUCACAGAAAACGCCUCAGCAGAAUACUCCUUCAUAACCGAAUUCUUCUCACACAAAACCUACGACCAAGCCUCGAUAAUGUUCCACCAAAUCUUCGACCCAACCUUCAUCCUCGGCCAGACCUUCACAAAGUCCUUGAUAGACUCCACCCUCGAUUGCCUCGGCGUUCUACUCUGCGUGAGACUAAACCAAUACUCCGCCUUCGAGAUGCAAAAGCGCAGAAUACCCGCUGCAGAUGCGUACAUCAACGCAACGAACAUGCUCCUCUGGCCACGGUUCCAAAUAAUCAUGGACGCGCACUGCGAGUCCCUUCGUCGUACCACCACUUCAAACCCCGGCCGUGGCGGUGUCGGCGGUGUGGGUGGGGGAUUAUCUGUUAAGCAGCAGAGUACAGCACCGCACUUCCUCACGCAGCGAUUUGCCGGCUUUAUGAAUGCGAUACUUACACUUAGCGCUGAAGCGGGGGAUGAUGAACCUGUCGCGAAUAGUCUCGGUAGGCUAAGGAGUGAUUUUGAAGCGUUUCUGACGAAGUUGAGUGCUGCGGUUACCGACGCUAAGAAGAGGGAGAGAUUUUUGUUUAAUAAUUAUUCCUUGGUAUUGGCUGUUAUUGGGGAUACUGAAGGAAAAAUGGCUUCAGAGCAGAAGACGCAUUUCGAGAUGUUGAAGAAGGCGUUUGGGAGUGGUGGGAGUUAA